ACCUUUUCCAAUGUUUGUUCUCCAGGUUCAGGUGCCUGGCUACCUCAAGUCUCUCCCAAUCCCCUCCUCGACUGCGGGGUUUGCAGAGCUGACUCGAGACCAGUGGCUCCAAUUAGUGCCCUUCAUCCUCUUCCUCUUUGUCAUUCUCUACCUCCUCCUGUCCCCGUUCCUUGGCGUCCUCACUCAGAGGAAGGAGAGGAGGCCGAAGGUUAAUCGACGGCAGAGACUGAGCGAGCUGAAGGUCAUCGACAACUUUGACAUGGAGGAUCUGGACAAGAGGAUGAAGGGAGAAGGACGGGAAGGUGUCCUUCUGUCGCUGCUGGAAAUCAAGCACUUUCCCCAUCUGUGACGGGACCCACGGGACCCACAACAAGGAGACCGGGGACAAUGUCGGUCCCCUCAACCUGAGACUCAAGAAGAAGAACAAGAAAGAGAAAGAGUGACACGCUCACAGAGACAGUGUGACCUCUUAGAACUAGGGUCUGCCGACUUGUGUAUUAACCCCUGAAACUCACAUGUUAUAGGCACAAUCAUAGGCUAUUAUUAUCACUGUGUGAAUUAUACUUGUGUUACUUUAUGAUAAUUAUUCUACUUUUAUAGCUAUAAUACUAAAAUAUAGCACCUUCUGGU